AUGAUUAAUUAACAUCCACUUUAUUUGGAACAAUAACAAUGGUUAGCCUAAUUUUAAAAAGGUAAAUAAGAACCAGAAGAGCAAUAGGAUUAAUCUCAAGAAUAUCUUGCAAUGGGUUUUGAUGAUCAAAAAAGGAUCCUAAAAUUAAUCAAAAAGUACAACGGAGAUAAGGCUAAGAUAGUGGAGUCAUUGAUAGAUAAGACAAAGAAAAAGGUUAAGAAGGAGGAGAUUGACAUUAUUUAAAUUGUUAAAGAUACCUAAAUUUUGUAUGUGGAUUGUAACAAUGUGAAAUAUGCUAACAGAAAUUGGAAUGAAUUUCAUGGAAAAUAAAAAGAGCAAAUUGUAAAGAUGCUGGACAUUGUUGCAAGUUGGUUAUAAAAUGUUAAUUCAUAAUUAAAUGAAGUUCAUUUGAUUUGGGAUGUUUAUAAGGUUAGGAAUAUCCAGUAGUUGUAAGGUGAAAUAACCUAAUUGGAUCUAUUCAAGAAUCUAAUAAAUUUGAGUUAAGAAGGAAAAAAGAUUACGUUUUGGAUAGAAUGUGGAAACAAAAAGAUAUUAUUUACUAUUGAAUCCUCGCAUCCAAGAAUCGCAGAUGAUUUAAUCGUGGACUUGUGCUCUUAGAAUGUAUAAAAAUCCAAGGAAACAACUGUUGUGACCAGUGAUAGAGGGUUGAGGGAUAGAUUAAGAGAAUAUGGAAUUUAAACUUUCAUCGGAUGUGGAAAAUGGUGGAAACUAGAUUUCAAUAAUGACUAACACUAAAUUUGA